UGACGUCAUCGAACGAAGCCGGAAAAACUUCCGGCCCCGGCUGCAAAGCUUGGUCUGCCGUCGGGACAGAGUUUAACUUGGACGCUGAGCGACUGUGUGUCGCAGCGAAUGGCUAGGGACCUGAUCGGGCCGGCACUGCCGCCAGGCUUCAAGAAGCACGCGACAGCUGAGGACGAGGAGCGGGACCUGAGCCCAGUUGCAGGGCCAGCUCUGCCCCCUAAUUACAGGAGCAGCAGUUCGGAUUCCUCAGACAGCGAUGAGGACAGCAGUUCACUGUCUGAAGAGGGAGGUCAAGAGUCUGCGGAAGAUGACAGUGGUCCCACUGCCAGAAAACAGAGGCGACAUCAAGAUAGAGAUGACGACGAUGAUGGGUUUUUUGGACCAGCCCUUCCUCCUGGAUUUAAGAAGCAGGAUGACUCUCCUCCAAGGCCUAUAAUAGGUCCUGCACUGCCGCCUGGUUUUAUUAAGUCUCCACAGAAAAGUGACAAAGGCAGAGAGGAUUCAGGACAAGUGUCAUCAUUCUUCAACUCAGAGGAAGCAGAGAGCAGUGACGAUGGGGAUAUUGUUGGACCAAUGCCCGCAAAAGGACCGGUUAACUACAGCGUGACAACAGAGUUUGAAAGACGGGCCCAGAGAAUGAAGGAAAAAUUAACCAAAGGAGAUGACGAUUCAUCUAAACCAAUUACAAGAGAGUCGUGGAUGACUGAGCUUCCUCCAGAAAUGAAAGACUUUGGUCUUGGGCCGAGAAGCUUUAAGAGAAGAGCGGAUGACAAAUCCGGAGACCGCUCCAUCUGGACAGACACCCCAGCUGACCGCGAAAGGAAAGCUAAGGAAAUGCAAGAAGCAAGGAAGUCAUUCAGUAAGAAAGAUGAAGAAAAUGUAUUGUCAGGAAGGGAUAAGAGAUUGGCUGAGCAAGUGUCCUCAUACAACGAAUCAAAAAGAUCAGAAUCCCUCAUGGACAUUCACCACAAAAAGUUAAAGAAUAAGGCUGCUGAAGAUAAAAACAAGCACCAAGAGAGAACGCCAUUUGAUCGUGAUAAAGAUCUCAAGGUUAAUCGGUUUGAUGAGGCUCAGAAGAAAGCCCUAAUAAAGAAAUCCAGAGAACUAAAUACCCGGUUUUCACAUGGCAAAGGCAACAUGUUUUUAUAAGUGAGUGUACUUCAGUGAGGUACACUCAUUCAUACUGGUCAGUCUGACCCCCUCCGAGGACCCCUUUGUCUAUAGCAAUUAUGUGCACAGACUUUUCCUUUUGUAAUAAAGUAAACUCAGAGUCUA